AUGGCGAUUCAGAGCCUGCCCUCGGGGGCUGGAGCGUCCAAGAUCCGCAAGCGGAUCCGCGAUUUGCAGCGGCUGCUUCGCAAACCGGGGCUGUCGGCGACAAAAAAAGUGGAGACAGAGCGAGCGUUGGCGUCGUUCGAGCAGGACCUCGAAAAAGUCAAGACCCGUAACGUGGAGAAGAAAAACGCCCAAAAGUACCACAUGGUGCGGUUUUUCGACAAAAAGAAGGCGAUCCGGCGACUAAAACACGACGGCCAAGAAGCCCUCGCCGAUUGGUACUAUGUCACGACCUUCCCCAUCUCUGAAAAAUAUUCCGCCCUCUAUGCCGAAGGAGCUGCGGGACAUGGACAUGCCUACUACCAGGCAAUUUUGGCCAGAAUCGAGAGCGGGGAGCUGGAGAAGAGCCCCGAGGCGGUUGCGAAGAUUUUGAACAAAAUUAAGCCCAAAAAGGCCAGUUAG